AUGAGGCUAGAACCAUUUUGUCUUGUCAGUGUUAUUGUCCUAAUUGUUUCAUUCACCGCAUGUGCUGCUUGUGACAUAGGGAAUAUGAUUGGAGCGUCGGCCCAGAGGAUCUGUGAGUCACGGAGCCAAAAAUAUAGGGGAACUUGCUUGUUUAGUUCCAACUGCGCCAUUGCCUGCAAAGAUGAGAAGUUUACCUCAGGAUAUUGUACAACUAUUUCCCGUGCCUGCAUAUGCACAAAACCAUGCUGCUGA